CCGUGUCUCCGUUUUCCGCGUCCCUCGCUCCGGUCUCUCCUCACGCAGCUCCUCCGCGGGAAUCAUGGCAGUCUAGCGGCUUGCAGCGGCAACAAUCGCAGCGGCGAACCCGGCAGUGCAGCGGUCAAGUGCACUGGCUCUAUUUGGCAAAAUGGCGUCCCUUGUGGCAUCCACCCACAGCUCUGCUGCUGUAGACAGCACCUCCACUCCGAUCACCAGCUCUCCAGAACCCCUGUCCCGCUCCGCCUCGCCUCUGACCCUCUGUCAUGGUGUCUCAGAUGACUCUGGAGGACGUGGGGGCCCUGUUCUUGGGGCCCUCGUCUCUGACGGCUGACCCCUUUGGGCCCCUUCUGGACGAAGAUGAGGAGAGUGCUCUGUCGGAGGGGUCGUCGUCGCCCCUCUCCUCCUCUUAUGCUGAAUCUUCCUCCUCUUUCUCGCCCCUCUCUCCCUCUCGUCCCGCUUCUGUAGGGUGUAAGUCCGAGCUGCUGGAGCUCUCCUGGCCGUCUGCGCUGCUCACUGCCCAAUCAGAGCCCGAGCAGAGCACAGGCGAUGCUUUUUCUGGCAUGGAUUGGAUGACGGAGAAAUUAGACCUGAAUGACUUCGACCUGGAUUCUCUCAUCGGUUCGUGUGAUUCGGACGAGCCUCCCAGUUCUCCGGAGGAGCUUCUGGCCUGUCUGGACACCGACAUGGACCUGGACCUGGACUCGCUCCCGUUCGGCUCGUCGGAGCUGGGCCUGACUCUGCCUCCGCUGACCCUCGACCUUCAGGAGCCCGUAGAGGUCAAGUCUGAGCCUCCGUCUCCGGAGCCCGGCUGCACACUGGAGCUGGGCAGCGAGGUGUCUGUGCUUCAGUCGACCGAAAUCGUGCACCCGUCCCACAUCGUGCUGCUGCUGACCCCUAAAGAGGAGCCGAGCGGCUCCGAUCCGUCAGACAGCGACAGCGGCAUCUCCGUCUCUGAUCUCGAAGCCUCGCCGAAGCCCGCCGGCUCCUCCAGAACCAAACCCUACUCCAGACCCGACCCGGAGGCCGUGAAAGCCGCUCCUAAAGUGGUGGAGAAGAAACUGAAGAAGAUGGAGCAGAACAAAACGGCAGCGACGCGCUAUCGGCAGAAGAAGCGCGUCGAGCAGGAGACGCUGAACUCCGAGUGCGCCGAGCUGGAGAAGAAGAACCAGCAGCUCCAGGAGAAGGCCGAGUCCAUCAGCCGAGAGAUCCGCUACCUGAAGGACCUCAUGGAGGAGGUCCGGUCCGCCAAGAACCGCAGGAGCAAAGCCAAAGCCCAGGAGGCCGUCAGCUCUGCUUAGGGUUAGCUGCUUGCCCUGGUGUUCAUCUGUACUAAACUCACUCACUCACUCAUUCUGUCACGUUCACUCGAGUCGUUUAUCGUCCAGUAAGGGGCUCAUCAGUCAGAGUUGUUACACUGAAUCUGUUUCUGUAGAGCUUGUAAAUAGGCUUCAUAUGUGCUGUUUAAACCGGCUGAACAUGCUAGAUCCUUCACGGUGUAGUGUGUGUCGGCUGUAGAAUCGCUUUGCUGUUUUCUAAUAAAGACGCCAUUAAACUCA